GAAUGUAGCUUUACCCGACCCUAGCUCUCCCUCUGACUGAGCAUGUGUGAGUGCCGCUUAGCAGUUAGCAUCUAGAGAUGGCCGCAGACAAGCAAAACGAAGCUAAAGUUUCUCAUCCGGACGAAAACAAAGAAAAUUUACCGGACGGAGGACUUGGACUGGAGAUCUUGCAAAUCAUCAAGGAGUCUCAGCAGCAGCAUGGCCUCAGGCACGGAGACUACCAGAGAUACAGGGGCUACUGCUCCCGCAGACUGCGUCGCCUGCGCAAGACUCUUGGUUUCAAGAUGGGAAACCGACACAAGUACAUUGGGAAGAAAGUAACUGUCGAAAUGCUUUCUGACAACAGGUAUCUCUUGCUGGUUUUGAUGGAGGCAGAGCGUGCGUGGAGCUACGCCAUGCAGCUGAAGCAGGAGGCCAAUACAGAGCCACGUAAACGCUUCCACCUGCUGGCACGUCUACGAAAGGCUGCCAAGCACAGUGAGAAGCUGGAGAAGCUCUGCGAAAGCCCCCGCGUUGAUGCCAAGACCAAACUGGAGGCACAGGCCUACACUGCGUACCUCAGUGGCAUGGUGGAGUUUGAACUGCAGGAGUGGAAGCGUGCCAUGGAGGCUUUCAACAAGUGCAAGACCAUCUAUGAGAAACUAGCCAGUGCGUUCACAGAGGAGCUGGCAGUUCUAUACCGCCAACGUGUGGAUGAGAUAUCACCCAACAUCCGCUACUGUGCUUACAACAUCGGUGACCAGAAUGCCAUCAAUGACCUGAUGCAGAUGAGACUGACGGGUGGAGGAGGCGGCAUGAUGGCUGAGAAACUGGAGGCCCUUAUUACUCAGGCAAGAACCAAGCAGGCAGCCACCAUGAGCGAGGUGGAGUGGCGAGGGCGGACGGUGCCCGUCAAGAUCGACAAGGCCCGCAUCUUCCUGUUGGGUCUGGCUGACAAUGAGGCCGCCAUCGCUCAGGCAACUAAUGAGGAGACCAAAGAGCAUCUGUAUGAGACCCUGUUGGCCGAGUGCAGAGACACCAUCCAGGCUGUGAGAGAGGAACUCAAGAGUGAGGCGAAGCAGCGAGAGAGGAGCUCUGAUGCAGACAGUGGCAAGGUGUCCAACCUGCAGUUCCUGCACAGUUACCUGACCUACAUCAAGCUGUGUACUCUGGUAAAGAGGAAUGAGAGCAUGGCCCAUACUCUUCAGGCCAAACUGAAGGAGCCUGAGGCCGAUGAGAGCAAGAGGGGUCCCCGUCCACAGGACCUCAUCCGCCUCUACGACAUCAUCCUGCAGAGUCUGGCUGAGCUCUCCACCCUGCAGGGUCUGGAGGAUGACCACACCUUCCAGAAGGAGGUGUCCCUCAAGACGCUGGUCUACAAGGCUUACAGGUGUUUCUUUAUAGCCCAGUCUUACGUGCUGGUGAAGAAGUGGAGCGAGGCACUGGUGCUGUAUGAAAGGGUGCUGAAAUAUGCCAAGGAGGUCCAGUCAAAGGCCAAGAGCUUCAACAACAGCCUCAAGGAUCUCCCUGAUGUUCAGGAGCUCAUUGCUGAGGUCAGCGCUGAAAAAUACUCACUUCAAGCUGCUGCCAUUUUAGACACUGAUGAGACUGUUGAAGUUCCCUCUCAGCAGCAGGUGAAAGACAACACGCCCCUCUGCGACCGUCUGGAGACCUUCCGCCUUGACCCCACCCUCGUAGGAAAGCAGCCCAAUCUGGUCCAGUUCCCCCCUGACUUCCAGCCAAUCCCUUGCAAGCCCCUGUUCUUUGACCUUGCUCUCAACCACGUGGCCUUCCCACCGCUGGAUGACAAGGUGGAGCAGAAGGGCAAGGGCGGUCUGACCGGCUACAUCAAGGGCAUCUUUGGCUUUGGCAGCUAAAUCAAACCCCAGGCUCUGGCCUCCACACGAGAGCCGCAAGGCCGCCCCACAAACAACCAGACUUGGGUCAGUUGUCAAUUAGAAUAAUUUCAGUUACUUUUAAUGUUUGAUUUGUGGUGCCUACGUGCAAGGUGAGUGGAGUUUGCAGUUCUGAGUGUGGGUCUAGAUGAAAGAGGGAUAAUAGAAAAGUAAUUGAAUCGAUUUCAAAUAGCAAUAUGACCCAAGUCCAUCUGCCACCUUUAGUAAUAACAUCAGGCCUCAUGGGUUCCUAGCAUACCGACUCCCUCCUUAAUUUGAGCUAUGGAGGAGUCUGUGGCUUUCAAGUUUUACAGGUUACCAUGCCAUGGUCUUGAUGCCUACAGCCAAGUUGUUCUCUCACAAUCUUGUCAGAGAACACUAUGCCACUUUGGCAUCACUAGUAAUUUUUUUUCCUUCUUCAGUGUGACAUAAGCGCCUUCAUUUAAUCAAGUCUCCUUUUUUUCCAUUUGUGUGUGUUUCAGCAUUGUUUCUAAAAGCUAAAACUUACAAAGUGCAGUCUUAGCACCUAUAGUGCUCAUGAAAUACCAGAAAUAAUCCUGUGACCUGUAGCUUAACAAACUGAAGCUGAUGCAUUUAUCAAAUGUCAUAGUUUCAAAAGGCUUCAGCUGCAUCCCAUUUCUUCCCUAAACCUUUGCUGCAGUCUCUCCUCUCUUUGAUCGCACAUUAAUGUAUGAUUCAGAACCUCUCUCUGUACACCAACAAGUCAGCCCACCCUGUCAUCCUCCACGUAGUUUUCUUACCACCGCAACCACAACACCUUGCAGGCGGCUCAAGAAAAAAAGAUACACUACAGGCCGGUAAUGCAGCUUUAAAGUGGAUAUGAUGAUAAGCUGCUAAAAGGCACAAGAAGAAAAAUAUCUAGACACUUUUGUUCUCUGUCUUUUGUGAUUGGUUUCUGAUGCGUACAAGUUAUGUGUGCUGUUAUGUUACUUCUUCAAACAGGAAGACUGAAUGAAGACGAGUUGUGGGAAGAACUGGGAUAAAGCUAGAACGUUUUAGUCAUAUUAGCUGGAUGAUGGAAGACAAAGCCAUGAAUCAAAUGUUGUUUGUCUUCAAAAAAAAAAAAAAGAAAAGAAAUUGAGUGGUUUAAUGUUUUAAUUUGUUAUCAGCAUCAGCUUGCACUGGUCAUACUUUUAUGUUGUUCUUUGUGACAAGGGUCCAACUGCUUCAACUCAUCUAGAUGGAAGCACAGAACUCACAGUUUUAUCACCCCACUCAUAUUUUCAAGUCACGUUUUUUUCUAUAAAAGAGCCUGCUGGCUGAUGAUCAUGUUGUACCGACAAUGAGAUGGGAAAUUGCAUGUGCAGCUCAUUAGACUGCAGUUAAUUCCAGUAAUGUUUUUAUUUUGACAUUUUUAUUUACAUUUCAGCUUAAUUACUGUCGUAGGACAGCGGUUAGACUUUCAGGACUGGAGGGAGGUUUUAGCAGCCUUUUCAUUCAUCACACCACCACGCCUCUUUGUCCGUCAUCAGUAGGACUAAACAGUUUCCGUCACCAAUUACAUGUCUAUACCAAAACGUUAGAAAAAUCUUUUGUUAUCAGUUGUUUGCCAGUCACAAUGUGGAUUCAUGUCUUCUUCCUACACCAAAGCCACUCAUUUUCUCUGAUCCUUAAGGGACCUGGUUUGCCUGUGAUAACUGGUGAAACUCUAGCUGGAGGACUGUUUCCAUGUCACUUACACAACUGUUUUGCUUAAAAAUUUUUUAUUAAUGUAUAGUUUUUUUCUUUUUUCUCCCCUUCAGUGUUUUAUGUUAAAGUAAUAAGGUGGAGGUGCUAGAAAUAGUUCCAGCACUGUACCUCGAACAGCCUGGAAAACAAUUCGUCAUGAUCAAUAAUUAAAAUGAUGAGAAUGUAUGAUUUGAUUUAGUUUCGAGGCCUAUGAUUAAAAUAUAUUUGCACCAAA